AUGAUAUCGACCACCCUCAUGACUUUUCUACUUAAAACCAAUCCCGAUGUUCGAUCGGUGAAGCUACUCGGAUCAUGGGACAAUUUCUCCAAGCCAUAUGCGAUGGACAGAGACAAACGUGUGGGGCCAGGCCACUGGAAAGGAUGCCAUACAUUUACUGAUAUAAUGGGUGAUGGAUCCGAUCAAAAUCAAUGGCGCUCGGGCGGCCUGAAGAUGGGUGCCACAUACUGGUACUAUUACUUGUUAAACGAUGACGUGGAAUUCUAUAGCGAGGCUGAGCCCUUUACUACGAAGUGUCCUCUUAUGCCCGGUCAGCCUCUGAACGUGCUGAACGUACCUAUCAUACUACCGGACAGUCGGUCUCAUGGUCGCUCUAAUAGCGGUAGCUCGCAGAAAGAAUCAUACCGAACGAUGAACCCAGCAGACAAAUUUAUGAACCCGCGCAAGCCACCAAAGCCCAAUCUUGCCCGCCUUCAGACAUCAAUUCCUGAACCGGACCCGCUUUCUUCAAGCCCACCUAAAAGAUCUCCGUUUGGUGGCAUGAUUCACCGGAGUAUCUCUCAGCCGAAUAGUGCCACCAGAAGACACCGCAAGGAGGAGCGGUCCGCAUCCCCCCCGCGAGGCCUCGGACUGCGUCAUGCCUUGACUCAGAAGCGCCCUGGACCAUCGCCAAGGGCAGAGGCAUUUAAUAAAGCUACAUUUCAGGAGAGCUCCGUUAAUGAGCGCCGCAAUGUUCCUGGUAUCUGUAUCAACUCUGGUGCGGUAUCCCCAUCAGCGAAACAUCCCGAGAACGCGGGUCUCUCCAGUCUCCAAACUCGUCGUGCUCUGAAAGCAAAUGGCGGAAUCCCCGGUCAAUCUCGAAAUCUUCUCACAGUAGACACUCAUCUGCAAAAUCGCAAGCCCAGCACUUCCAAUAACUCGAAUCAUCUGGGUGCAUCUCAUAUGCGGAACAGCUCGGAUGACAUGACCCCAACUGGCCCUUGUGUCAAUGACAAGAGGCUUCCGUCUCUCCCUAAUACACCUUCCUCUGUCAUGGACGAAGCAGUACGUGCCAUUGACGAGCGCGACAGGGCCAUGGAUGAGGCCGUUCUUCGAAGCCACUUUUCCAGUAUGACUGCAGAUGACUCCACUAAUUCACGAUUGGUGGCCGAGCGCAGUCGAUUCUCGGAAUGGAGCACUGAUACUGAGGGUGAGGAUAAUUCACCCGAAUCCAUGAUUUCCACAUCGACCUUCCCUACGGAGUCACAUGAGUCCCCGGCUCCCGAGGAAUGGAAAACGCCCGAUCUGGCGUCCCAUGACACUGGGUACAACACUGAUCCCAACACACCGCACCUUACCGUGCAUUCCAAACCUUCGUCCCCGAACUCAGCAUCAGGCGAUAUUCCGCCUUGGCUGCCGCAGCUCACAGUUUCCCUUUCACCUCCUCAUAUGUCUGCCUCAGGCCUUGGAAUCGAUCAAAUGGAUGGGAUAGAAAGCAAUCCCAAACGCCACGCCGCACUAUUUAGCGCCCUGGAGUCUAUGCAGGCACUUUCUCUUGCUCAGAGCCGCGACGGCUCUCCAAUCCUUCUUUCGGAGAAUGAUCGUCGCGAAUCUGCCCAGUCUCGACGCAGCGAUGCUUCGUUCAGGGGCAAUGCUACCAUGCAGGAGAUGAUGGACGAGCUCAGUUAUCUGAAGAACAUGAUCCAGGCUGAGCUUGAUGGCGAACCUUUUUGA